UCAAGUUAUUGCCAAUAAAAUGGUCUGACACUCUCGGGGAAUGGAAAUAGACCUUACUUUCUUUAGUUUUUCUAGCCAUUCCAAAUUGACAAGCAACUGCCAUCCCUAUCUCGCGCAAGGGCUCGAUCAGAUGCCAAGGUCGCACGUUAGUUGGAAGCUUCAGGGUGUCUAGCAUAAUCUGCAGCAACCAAAACCCUAAGAUCAACCGAAACACUGGUCGGUAUUUUUUUUCUCUUUGUUUGAUUUUCUCUUGUAUUCCCCUGCGGGCUGCGGCCUACAUCCGAUUCUUCCCGGACUGUUUUAUGCUAGUUCUCGAUUUUACUGGCCCCCAGUUUCUCGAUUGGCCGUUGCUUGAACUGUUGUGUUUGGUUUUCGAUGCUUACCUCCCUGAACUGUUCAAUUUGCCAACAUCUUAGAGCAGAUGUAAGGGUUCUGCUUUAUUUAGCUUGUUCGUUUUGUCUCUGAUCUGGUUGGUUAAGUUAUUCUCUAAGUUCAGCUUGCUCUGGUCGAUGUUUGGUUACGGCUUAGCCGUCUCACUCGAGUUCUGUGCUCUCCUCCGGCCGCCGCCUCCCAAGGUUUACGGUAAGGCCGGCGGUCCCGUAAUAAUGCCAGAGCAGAUUAUGGAUUCAACUAAAUUUCGCAUUCAAUGAAUUUCAUUACAGGUAAGUAUCAUGCUCAUAAUUUUUAAAUGAUUUAAUGACCUUCAUAAUUAUUUUUAGGCAAAAUUCAUCUGUGUAGCCAAAACUUUCACAUUUGUGACAAUAAUAGCCACUUUUGGCGAAAUACCAAAUAUAGCAAGAAUUUUGAAAGUUUCAUGACAAAUAUAGCCAUUUCCGUUACAUAUUUUAACGGCGUCAGUGACAUUGUUAGUCAAAUUAACGGAACGCUUAUAUGGCUGCCAAGUCAUCGGACACGUCAUUGACAACUCAACAACACUUGCCACAUGGAUGCCAUGUCAUAUUUAAUUUAAAAAUAAAUAAAAAAUCUUAAAUUAUUCGCUUAGUUUCCUUUCUUGUUACACUCGACGUCGCCCAUUCUUUUUCUUUUCCUUUUCCCCCAAAUCUAGAUCCAAAAAUUAUAGGGAUUGGAUCUGAACCCCUCUCUUCUUCUUCCCAGCAAGAAGAAUCCCUUGCCCGUCCUUCUUGAUUUACCCCUUUCCUGCAAAAAAAAACACCAAAAACCAGAAAUCCCUAAAUCUCAAUAUCGAUUUCCCUGAAAAAGAAAGAAUUGAGCAAACGACUUCCUUCCUUCCUUUGCUGAUCCGUCCCACCAUCGCCGCGUUGGGCAACACUGAUCGACUCGCGUCCCCAUCACCUUCGACUCGACCGCCUUCUGAAAAUAUGUGGUCGUCUAGCCCGUUGAUGCUGCUAUUCCUGUGCCACCGCCCAAAUAUGGGUUUGGGAAUAUGAGAAUGAAGGGUCGCCACCUACCUCUGUUCCACCCAAACACUACUCACCCGUCCCUCGUGUCGUCGAGCCUAGCCGUCGAGUCGAGAAUGAAGCGGAAUGAAAGCUUCACAACGCGGUCGCCGGGACGAGGAGGAAGAAGACUACUCGUCGCUCCUCCUUUUGCCGUAUGAAGGGUAUGAGGCGAAUUGGGAAGAAGGUGAACAGGUGAUGUGCGAUUCCCCCUUUCCGUCGCAGUGGCAAUUAGAUGAGCCUGUCGCUGCCGAUUGCCCGAAGAGGAUAGAACAAGCUGAAAACUCUCAGAGGGAAAUAAUCGUACAGAUUCAGGGUAAAAAGAUAAACCCUCACUUGGAAAUCUGCUUACCCUUCGAACCCUUCUCCCUUUCCAAGCUGCAGCUGCACCGCCACUCUCAGCUUGCGUCGCUGGCCUUGCAUCCCUAGACCCAACAAAUCGUCUUUCAAUUGAAUGCAUACGAAGAGAAGUCCAGAUACGGUGAUAUUCAUGGGUACACACCAUUGCGGUUCUCUUUUUCCAAGAGACCUUUGAUUCCAAUUCUUCUUACUCACUUGGUAUUGCUCCUUCGACGGUGGUGAUUCCAGGUUGAGAGAUAGGGUUUCGUAAACGAAUGGAGAAUGGGGAGUAGGUUGAGAUUGGGGAUUUUUUUGGCCAACGAGAGAAUCUCUGUAUUUGUUGGGGAGAUGGCGUUGCUUCCUGCCGCUACUUGAUUUCUUGCAGAUCUGCUGAGGAAGCUCGAUCUGGAGCGACGGCGGCUGUGGACGGCGAUUGAACUUUCUUCCGUCCAAUGAUGGCUAGGGACAGUGAGCGGUUGCUGGUUGCCUCGACGAUUUGGAGCUUUUGUCACUGUGGAGAGGAACGACAACUAUCUGGUGGUGAUGACUAAUGGCGAUGAUGGGGUAGGAGGAGAGGUCGAUGGGAUUCCAUCUCUGAAGCGGCGGCCGAGGGUACUGGGAAGGGAAGGGGAAAGAAGAGAGAGUAGAUCAAAAAUAAAUAAACAAUUUUUUAUUUUGGUUAAUUCCACCUAAGCCGCCACAUCAGUUUUUCUAUUAGUCCAUUCAGCAUGUUAGUUAACACCGUUAAAGAAUUGGACGGAAGUGGCUAUAAGUGGUAUUUCGUCAAAUUUGGCUAUUAUUGGCAAAAACGCAAAAGUUUUGGCUAUACAAGUGUAUUUUGCCUUAUUUUUAAUUAUCCCUUGUUUAAUUCCCUAUGCUUUUAUAACUUCUAUUAGUACCUCCUCAAUCACCGCAUCAGGUAAGGCAAUUAGAAUUUAUUCAAUCCAUUACUCCCCUAUUGGUAUUUGAGAAUCAUUUUUAUUAUCCAGAGUACCUUUUAAUGCCUCUUAUUAAUUAAUUUCAUUGGCAACAAUCGUUUUCUUUUAUUCAUUCCUGAUUUUUAGGAUGUUGGUUUAAAUUGUAUUUACUUUGUAAGGUAAUUUGGGUAAUUGAUUAUCCUCAUUUGUAGCCAUAUUCACUUAUUUUAUUUAAUUUUAAAUAUAUGAUAUUAAAUAUGAAACUUUAUUUCUUGUUGAAAUACCUUGGUGUCAAAUCAUGGUUAUUAAUAUUAGAACCUUUUAGUUACCUUGUUGAAAUAAGGGGACUAUUAUUUAUUUUGUAUUUUUAUAAUAUUUAUUUUCUAUAAUUUAUUUUCUUUUAAUUGUUGAAUCGCAUCAUUGAUGUGGUAUAUUCGGUAUUUCCGACUUUGUCUCAAUGAUAGACUUUAAUCUCUUUGGAUAGAGAUUUCUAGCACUUUAGUGGAUCCCUUUCGGAUUGAUCAGGUUACAGGAAAACAUGAAGGAAGUGCAAUCGCCCUCGUCAGUCUAUCAGUUAAGGCUUGUUGCUCUUUUUAUAUUUUCAUGGUAUCAAUGAUGCCUAUUAAAUGGUGAUUUACUCAUAAUUUCUGGUUUUUUUCUUUUGAAGAAAUUAUCAACUGGUUAUCAGAACGCCGCACUCUCGAGCAGGAGCUGUCUUGGAGGAAGUGCUCUCUUUUUUCUCUUUUCUUGAGUCAGUGUCGUGUCUUUUGCUCCUCAUAGCUUUAACAGAGCUGCCCAUGUAGUGGCUAUAACAGACUCUUUCAUCGGGAAUCUGCUUGCUUACGACUUACCGCAUUUACUUUGGAGUCCUUAUUGUAACUGAGUCGCGUUUUUGUCCCAUGCCCUUUGGGCUUGCCUCGGAAAAAAAACUCAAGUUAUUGGCUUUACAGUUCAGAAAAAUUUAGACCAAAACACGUCUGAUAUGGCUCAAGUAGCAUUGCAACAGCCUUUGGAAUAUAAAACAGAGUGUUUA